AUGUUUAAGGAGCUGGUAUUGUGGAUGCACCGUAUGGCCCACGACUUUUGCUUGGCUCGUCCAGUGACUCCGCCACCUCGGCAUGGCUGUCGGCUGCCAGUGAAGAAUAGAUUCUUUGCCAAUUUGAUAUUCUUUGUUGCCAUUGUAACACCGCUGUACUUUUGCCUGCUGAAGGAUGUGAUCGCCAUGAUCGCUGGGCCCAAGAAGCGCUAGUUUCCUGACAUUACCCCAAUUAUAAUUUACAAGUCAUAGUUUGGUCAGUCACUGUAGUUAGUUAUCAAUACAUUUUGUGGCAUCGUUCGAGUACUCACUUGUCCACGAUGGUCGUGUAGAA